GUGGGGGAUAUUGUGAAUGUCAUAACAGUGUCAGAGAAACGUAUGUUGUAGUUAAAAAAGGUCGAACACACUCGUUAUCAUUUUUAUAUUUCUCGCUACAACCGAAUUAAAUUUACGUAAACCAUCAAAAUGUCUUUCCCAAGAUACAUAAGAAAGUUCUCUCAACAAGCAAAAAGCAGCAAUGCAAUGCGUGAUUAUUUCUUCAGUACCCAUUUUUGGGGACCAGCUGCAAAUUGGGGAAUCCCUCUUGCUGCAAUUGCUGAUUUUAAAAAAGAUCCAAAAUUCAUUAGUGGUAAUAUGACGAUAGCUUUAAGCCUAUAUUCAACUUUAUUUAUGAGAUUUGCUUUAAGAGUAAAACCAAGAAACAUGUUGUUAUUCGCAUGCCAUUUAACCAAUACAUGUGCCCAAUUAGUACAACUCAGCAGGUAUACAAUGUAUCAUUACGGAUCAAAUGAGGAACCAGUGAAGAAAAAAUGAUCACCGAUGUUGGUUUUUACUAUACAAUUGUAGAUUUCUAAAUAAAUUUGGAUUUUUGUAUAUUUUA